ACAAAGUUUGCUCAAAGCUGCAAACUACCCGCAUCCCCGCUCAGCAACUUAACACUUUCGUUGAGCCAGCCCAGUUUUGCUGCCCACUGCCUGAAAUAUUAUAUUGGUUCAACAUUGCUGCAAUAAGAUAUAGACACAUGGCGACAUUGAGCGCGUCUCCGUGACGUCGAAGUGUCACUCGGACUCAACUACUGACGCGGUGCCGAAAUGCAGAGCCACUCUAGUAGACACGUUGUGUCAGAGCACUUGAAGGACCUCCACCCAGACCUCAGCGAACCCUUUCCGAAGCAUGUAAUUGAGGAUGAGGUCGCCGAGGCGCAUGGCCGGCGAGCCAUUCCGAAGCUGGUCGCAGUGCUGGCGCUGCCGGAGCUACCCGAUGACCAGCGGGCGCACGCGCUGCGCGUUCUAAACGGGCUGCUCAGCACGCAGGAGCACAAAACCAACGCAGUGGCGGAGGGCGCGGCACCGCCGCUGUGCCAGCUCGCGUCGCAGUGUCGCGAUGAUGAGGUCCGGCGCCUCAGCUGCUCCGCGCUCGCCAGCCUGGGCCAGGUCAUGGCGGGUCGGAACGGCAUCGUGGCCGCGGGCGGGCUGCCGGUGCUCACAGAGGCGCUGCAGACCACGCCAGAGCAGGCCGCGGCCGCGCUCAAGUCCUUCGCCGCCUCAAACGACGGCGCCGCGCAGCUCAAUUUGGAGCGCGCGGCCAUCGUGCCCGCACUUGUGACGCUGCUGUCACAGCCCACUGACCCGGCCUUCACGCUGACCGCCUUCUCCAACGCGCUGAGCACGCUGGAGGGCAUGACGCGCACCGACGACGGCGUGCUUGCGGCGCUGGACGGCGGCGUGCCUGCCUGCCUGGUGGCGCUGGCGCGGCGCGGCCUGGAGGGCGACCUCAAGUUCGAGGGGCGGCUGAUGGAGCUGCUGCAGCUGGUGGCCACCUGCCUGGAGCAGAUCUGCCACCACGCCGACGGCAAGGCCGCCUGCCGGCAGGCCGAGGCGCACAAGGUGCUGGCGGAGCUGCUGACGCUGCAGCACCGCGAGAUCAUCAAGCACGCCGCCGCCGCGCUCAUGGGCCUGGCGGUGGAGAAGGAGAGCAAGGUCAACGUCAUGCUGUACGCGGGCGUCAGCCUGGUGCGGCUCAUGCGCGGCUCGGACGCGGAGCUGGCGGCCAAUGCGCGCGACACGGUGGCGGCGGCGGCGGAGCACCUGGAGGCGCGGCGCACGGCGGAGAUGCUGCUGAGCAUGGAGGAGCGCGAGCUGCUGCUGUGGCGCGGGCCGCCGCCGGAGACGCCGCCCGACUACCGCUACCAUGUGGACCUGCCCAAGUUCACGCCGCAGGCCAAGUAGUGCUAGGUGUGUGGGACGGGUGUGGAGGGGAUUGGUCGAGUGUAGAGGACGCGGCGGUGCAGGCGCGACAAGAAGCGAGGUGGAAGAGGUGGCGGAGAGGGGCUGUGAGUGGCGGCAUGUUGCCGGGGCGCAGGAACUGGUGGUGUAGGCUAUGGCGUGCAGCUCACUCCGGGCUAGCCGCGCGCAGCUCGGAUGUUGAGGGGAGAGCGCCAGGUAUGCGAUGUGCAACGAUGGCUGAUUGGUUGCAUGAGUAGGGCUUAGCAUGGACGCCGCGUGUGUCACUGGGAGCAUGGAAAACAUACAGUGUGGUGGUGUUGUGGAUGGAGAUUCCUCCAGCGGUGUAGGCUGCAAAAUGUUCAGCUACAAUUGUGCAGACGAGCCGGAACGCCCGAAUGCUUUGCAAGAAAGUAGAGUUACGUUACUGCGUUGAUACGGGGUGGUGGGCUGCAGGACACGCUGUUCUGUGAUCUCCACAAUGCAUUGGACCCCUGCCUUGGAUGAGCAGCUGCAAUGCAGCCAUUGUGGCGCAGAUACGUGCACGGCUGCGGGUUGUGGCAGGAAGCCGGGAACUGCGGCAAGCAGGCAAGCACGA